AUGCUAAAGCAUCAUCAUCUUCUUCAGCAGGAUAACUUAAAAUUACAAGAGCAGAAUAGGUAUCUUGAACUUCUUGUUAAAGAUGCCGAAGAAAAAGUUAAAGAAAUCUCAAGUACACUGCAGAAAGGACUUGUUAAUGUUAUGCCUUCUGUAACUGUAUGCAAUGAUCUUCUCGAAAUAUCAAAAGACAAUAGAGAAGUUCAUCCAACAACAGGAUUUGCUUCAGCAGGCUCUGUAGUUCUUGAUGCUCCAGCUCUUUGUCUUGAAGAUGGAUAUUUUAUAGCUGCUGGCCAACUAAAUGGCGCAAUUUCUUUGUGGUCAGCUGAGCAACCAGAAAAUGACUCAGAUACAACUUCAAAGCAAAAAAAUCGAAAUUCAUCAGGUACAUUAUACCGAUUUUCAACAGAAAAAUCAAGCAGCGAUGCAGAAGAGAAAAAUCCUCUUACAAAGCAAUCUACACCAUUAGUAGGUCACAGAGGACCAGUUACUUCUGUCAAAUGGAUUGAUUCAUCCAAUCUAUCUUCUGUUUCAUUAGACUCGACACUAAAGAUCUGGGAUAUAACUACAGCCAAAUAUAACUCUAUUGCUCUAGAAUGUCCUUCUGUUUCCCACACAAUUGUAGAUAAUUGUUUUGCCAUUGCUUCCUGCACGAACAUAAUUUUCUUCUCCGACCCAAGAGAGCCUACAGUUCAGUCGAUCGAUAAUUACGACAUUGUUACAACGAUUGCUAAAACAAAUCUCGGAUUGUUGAUCGGAACAGAAAACGGAAAGAUACUUGUUAUAGAUCCAAGAAUGUGGAAACCCUACCAGUCAAUACAACUUUCACAAGCAGAAUUAGCAAUUUCGAAAAUCUCUGGAACUAGCGAAAUUACAGUUACUUCCUUUGAUGGCAUUGUUCGCACUAUUGGAAAUGAGCUUCCUCUGUUCGUUGACAAAGAGUUUGUUCGUGCUCCAAUCAUGGGAUCAAUAAUUGGCUCUUGCUGCGUCUCAAUUUCGUCUAAAAACGAUUUUAUUGUAUCAGGAUCAACAGAUGGUCGCGCUAUCGUAUGGCCAAAGAAUGGUCCUUCUCAGAAUUUGCAACAUAAGGGAUCAAUUGUUUACGACUGCGUAAAUGUUGGUAAAUUUGUUGGCUCAUUUAUCACAUGUGAUAAUGCUUCAAUGCUUACUAUGUGGGCAUGUUCAUUUAAUGAGAUGAUCAAAUAA